CGCUACCCUCUCGACUCAGUCGACGACAGUGGUGACACGAUCGGUCGAACUUGUUUGCGUUCAACUCUGAUAUGGUGAUGAAUUUCAAGGUGUACAAGAAAUGCUCGCCCAACGGCAAGAUCUCUCUGUACCUGGGCAGGAGAGACUACAUCGAUUAUCUGUCCGGCAUCGAAUCGAUCGACGGAGUUAUACUGUUGGAUCAGGACUACGUAGACACCGGUAGGAAGAUAUGGGGCCAGCUGGUGUGCAGCUUCCGCUAUGGCCGAGAAGAGGACGAGGUGAUGGGCCUGAAUUUCCAGAAGGAUCUCUACCUGGUCUCGGAACAGCUGUUCCCGACCACCAAGAAGCUCGAGGAUAAUCUGACCAGGCUCCAGGAACGAUUGCUCCGAAAACUAGGACCGAACGCGUUCCCGUUCACCUUCAAGUUCCCUCAGAGCGCUCCAUCCAGCGUGACCCUUCAACCUGGAGAGGACGAGGCGGGAGAGCCUUGCGGGGUGAACUACUACGUGAAGAUCUAUUCCGGGGAUAUGGAGACCGACAUCACCCACAAGAGGAGCACCGUGACGAUGGGUAUCAGGAAGAUCCAGUACGCGCCCACGAAGCAAGGUCGACAGCCUUGCACCGUGGUUCGAAAGGACUUUCUGCUCAGCCCUGGUGAUCUGGAACUCGAGGUAACCCUGGACAAGCAACUGUACCAUCACGGUGAGAGGAUAGCCGUGAACGUGUGCGUGAGGAACAAUAGCAACAAGGUCGUGAAGAAGAUCAAGGCGCUGGUGCAGCAGGGUAUCGACGUGGUGAUCUUCCAGAACGGCCAAUUCAGGACGGUGAUCGACGCGGUGGAGACGCAAGACGGCUGUCCCAUUAAUCCAGGCUCGAAUCUGACCAAGGUAAUAUACCUGAAGCCCGAGUUGGAGAACAACAAGCAUCGCAGAGGCAUCGCAUUGGACGGCCGGCUUAAGAGAGAAGAAAGCGAAUUGGCAUCCAGCACUCUGCUGCUCUCACCGGAUGUCCGCGAUUCCUUUGGCAUCGUGGUCUCCUAUGCCGUGAAGGUGAAGCUGUAUCUAGGAGCCCUGAGCGGCGAGUUGUCCGCGGAGCUACCGUUCAUCCUGAUGCGACCCAAGCCCGUGGAUCGGAUCAAGGUGGUGAACGCGGACGACUUGGAGGUGGAGGACACGACGGAGGAGAACGUGAAGCCGAUCAGCAGUUAGAGGCCUAAGGGACCUAAGGGAUCGUGCAUCCGGGCGUCCUCUGGCUAGCGUUCGACCGCAGGAUGUGGACCCCCGGAUGGGUGGAAGGCGUAACAUCUCGGGAAGCAAACGUUCUCUUAACGCUCUCUGUAUCGCGCUAUUUUCUAUCUAUCCCGGUGACGUACUUCGACUUUCGCGAGGUUUCGAACGGUACUAAUCACCGUCACCGGAUGCAAUAAAUUAUCUCGUAUAAUCGCAAUAGAGAUUAGGGACGACGAUGUACUCGGAACGCGGAGAUUGGACGACGAUAGCCCGAUCGAGAUGGAAUCUUGGCGACGAUACAAGCGUCAAAGCGAAUGGACCAGCGUGUACACACGAAGUGGGUUAACGAUUCUAGGAAUCCGAUGCUAUCGAUCACUACUGGAAGCUAGACGAAAGUGAAUCGUCCGACAUAAUCGAAACGCGUUUCUCAGAAAAGUGCAAUACGCGGAUCAUCGGCAGCAGUCGUUCGAAUACGGUAGCGUCGAGUAAUUGUCGAACUGUAUAGAAUAAAAUAUAUGUACUGUGAUAAAA